CUCAAAGCAUAGACGCCCACCUAUCCGCUCUCUCCGACUCACUUUCCACCGAGCGUUUCAAAAUGGCGGCAGCUUCAUCCAUCCAGCCGCCGAGCGUGCACGGGAUACAGCGGGAAAACUCACCUCAUCCGGAGUCCGACAGCCCCGCGAGCCGACAGGAAGAGGACGCAGCAUCCGAGGGGAUCACCAUCCUCAGAGAUCUACCAGAACUUGAUCCCGAGGAGAUCGAGAAACGGCUGGAGAAAACUCGCAGAGAGCUGAGCAACAGGAGGAAGAUCCUUAUUAAGAACCUGCCACAGGAUACAACUAACCAGGAGGUCCAUGAAAUUCUGAGAGAGUACGAACUCAAAUACUGUUUUGUGGACCGGAACAAAGGAACAGCCUUCGUAACUCUUCUAAAUGGUGACCAGGCACAGGACGCCAUCCGAACUCUGCACCAGACAUCAAUCCGAGGCCGUGACAUCACCGUCCAGCUUCAGCCCACGGACUCCCUCCUGUGCGUCACCAACCUGCCCUACACGGUCACUGCCGGCCAGUUUCAGGAGCUGGUGCGUUCCUAUGGCAACAUCGAGCGCUGUUUCCUGGUGUACAGUGACCUUACGGGCCACUCCAAAGGCUACGGCUUUGUGGAGUACAUGAAGAAGGACUCGGCCUCCAGGGCACGGUCAGAACUCUUGGGCAAACCGCUGGGUGAUCGCGCACUCAUGGUGCAAUGGGCUGACGUCAACCAGCUGACCUCUGCUGAACACCUCCACUCCAAGUGCCUAUGCGUGGAUCGCCUUCCGCUAGACUUUGAAGACUCAGAGGAGCUGGCUCACAUUUUUUCAGAGAGCUACAAACCCGUCUUCUGCCAGUUGGCUCAGGAUGAGGGAAGUCCAGUGCGGGGUUUUGCUGUUGUGGAGUACGAGACGGCAGAGCAGGCUGAAGCCAUGCUGCUGGAGAUGGACAGACAGCUGAUCCAGGGUCAGGAGAUACGCCUGUCUCUCUGUCCCCCAGGAACCUCUGGACGCAGCACUCUCGCCGCCCUCAUCGCUGCUCAGGGUGUGAUGUUGAGCAAUAAGAAAGGUUUACUGCCUGAACCCAAUCUGGCCCAGUUCCUCAACAGUAUGACCAAUCCUGCUGCUCUCCAAGUCCUUAUGAGACCCUACCCCAACGCCAAACGAGGAGGAAAGUUUGGGCGACCACACAAUAUCCCCUUCCUGCGUCCACCUCUGACUGCCGCGUUGCUACAGUUAGGAAAAGCACAGCAGUCUGCCAUUCUUGGAAACGGUCUUGUUCUGCAGAAUCUUCUUCACAUGCAGAUGGCCCAACAACAGCUUUUACAGAUCAAAGACAAGCAAAUCACUAAUGUCCAGGGUCUUUUAGGUGACCCAUCUCGGCUGCUCUUGCAGAAAGUUCUGGGUCUUCGAACACAAGUUCCUCUGGGGAAGGGGUUGCUGGGAGAUUCUCCCACAGAGUUGGGCCAAGACUCCUCUCCAGUCACAUCCCAGGGUGGAAACUCUGGGGCUGGAAUGGUGUCACAUAUACCUGGGCGUUCACAUGCGAGUUCCGUCUCUGAACAGAACGGAGUCACUGCAACAUGCCUGGCUCCGGAGAAACAACCUGCACCACCAGGAACCGCAGGGGGAUCUUUAAGCUCCCAAACACAACUCCACAACUUCCUCUCUGGGAUUAACACACCUUUGCUGGGGAGCACAACGCACAAAGCUCCAGCCAACCACCACAGUUUAAGUGUGCAGACUAGUACUGCCGUCACGAGUCAGUCCAGUUGUCAGACAUCUCUGUUGGGAGACCCUCCUAAAGAAGUGAAGUUGCCAUCCAACCCGUAUCUAAACCUGGCUAGUGUGCUUCCUGGAGUGGUACUACAAGCACCCUGCAACAGUAAACCUCAGACUGUGCAGGCGCACACUGGGACAUACAGCGCAGUCCUGCCGCCUAACACCCACCCACCCAGUCAAUACAGCACAGAGACCACUCCUGCAGAAUACACUCAACAGUACGCUCAGCAAUACACACAGGAGGCCAUGCAGCAGUGGUACCAACACUACCAAGCACAGACCUACGGAAACACAAGCCAAGAGACGGCCGCAGUUACUGAAUGCGCAAAAGAGCAACCUCAGGUGGUGGUCACCUCCUCGUAUGGAGACUACAGUUCCUACAUGCAUGCUGUCAAUCAGUACUAUUCUCAGACGCAGAUGAGCCAGUCAGCUGCUCAAGUCUACCAGCACCGAGAUGUCAGCAAGGAGGUGGAGGUGGUGAAGACCCCCUUGAGUGCACCUUUGCACACCUCUCUGAAUGGCAGUGCUCAGACCCUGCUGCCCACCUACAGUGCCCUUCCCAUCAUGCCAGGCUUUAUCACACCGACACACACGCACACGGCCAGCCCUGCCACACACACGCCCGCUGUACCCACAGCCAACGACUGGAACAGCUACUAUUAUAGUCAGGCUAGAGGGCAAAAGCGAGAAUACCCGACACUGCCUACACAGGAAGUGACAUCAGAGUAUGUAGGCCAACACUCGCAGGGUCUCGGCGGCCAUUACGCAGACUACUUCAAGAAGAAGAGGAUCUAACUCGCACUCGCUCUCACACCUAGCCGUUAUGUUGUCACUGUCAUGUCCAGGCCUUAACUUUUAGUCCAUAACUGAUAUUUAUGAAAAGAUUGUACAUUUUAUUGUGCAGAAGGAGGUUUAUUCCCAUUCUUGAACCUUCCGUGUAUCUUGGUACUGUUCUUAAUACUGUCCGGACCUCUCAAGAUUGUUUAGUUAAUCGGUAUUUUCUGUUCUGCCUUUUUACCUCUCUCGCAGGUGGGGCGUACCAUUCCACUCCUGAAGGGGGGGCUUUCGUGUCUUGUGUUUUACUGUACUACCGGUUAAGGGCUGAUAAAGAUAGAGCUACACUCAGAGAAUAACACUUUUCAAAGAUUUCUUUUUUUUUUUUUCCCUGACAGGGUAGGGCUUAGCCAAUGUACAUUGUAUAUUCUGCAAAAUGAGUGUAUUUUUUACAGCGUGUACAGACAUUGAAAAUAUUAUUAAUAUUACGUCUCGCUUAAUGCGUCAUCGUUUAUCUUGACUAUCAAGCCGCUUUCCUACGCGUAAAGGAACUGCACAUCGCACGUUCAUAUCUUUAACGUGUCUCUGUACAUACUGCUGUAUCUGUUGGAAUGAUCAGCCAUGAACUGAACGCUGCAGGAGCCUUAAAACAUGGCGCUCAGAGAAGACAUGGCUAAGGCAAUAACCUCUACCUUCUCUGGACAAACUACUACCAUACUUUAAGGUGACCUUUCCACAACCUUCAGCUACAAUGCUGCCAGUGCUUUGUUUUCAAUAAGAGUAAUAAUAUAUUAAGAUAGUAGUAGUAAUAAUCUGUCGGAACGGAGGGAUGCUACGAAUUGGGUACACACCUGGCAAAACGUCCUGAUGUAAACACCCACAUGGUAAUAAUCUAGCAUAAUGCCUUUAUAUGGAUAUUAGUCGUCUGUUAUUCUGUGGUUUAAUCUCUUCACAUCUUUAUUGGAGAGAGUAUUAUUCUGGUGAUUUCAUGCUGCAAAAAUCCUGUUUUUAAUCCGCAUCAGUCUUAAAGAUGAGGCAAAUUAAGUGAGAUAUUAAGAUAAUGCAUCUUGAAGAGGCACUUUUUUAACUAAAUUUAGAUACGAACAAGUCUCCCAAUGGAAAAAAUUAAAUGAAGAGUAGUUCACCAAAAAAAAAAAAAA